CGAGAGCCUCUUUCUGAAUUCCUUGGGACAUGCGUGUUGCUAUGUCUGGCAUGUGGCUGCAUUGCGCAGCACACACUUUCGUUAGGUCAAUCUGGUAACAUCUAUGUUGGUCGCGCAUUGGCAUUAAUGAUGCCUAUCUAUAUAUCCGGUGGCAUUUCUGGAGGACAUCUUAACCCAUCUGUCACCAUAACGCUGGCUUGCUUUCGAGGGUUUCCCUGGCGAAAAGUACCUAUCUACAUUGGGUCACAGCUUUUAGGGGCGUUUACCGGAGCAGCGAUUGUUUAUGGUGCAUAUCACGAAAGCAUUAUCGAAUUUUCCAAACAGAAUGAUCCAAAUGUAGCAGCCAGCAUCUUUUACACUAACGCACUCCCCUAUUUGAGCAAUGGAUCGGCUUUUCUUGUGGAACUGAUCGGUACUGCCAUUAUGCUUCUUGUGGUGCUUGGACAAAGCGAUGAACAUAAUAUGCCUGCCGGACGAAACUCACCGUUGGUCAUUGGCCUGGUCAUCGUUAGCAUUGGAGUUAGCUUUGGAUGGGAAACAGGAUUUUCCUUAAAUCCUGCGGCUGACCUUGGCGGGCGUUGCCUGGCUGCAAUGGGCUGGGGACACAACGUGUUCACUAUUCAUCAAGGAUAUACAUGGGUACCAGUUGUGGCUCCAAUUGCAGGCGGUCUUCUAGGCGGCUUCCUAUACGAAUUCUUCAUAGACUCCGAGUCCAACCGCGCACUGUCCCACCGCUGGCGUGCUCACCACAAACUAUGA